AUGGUAAAAUUCCCUUUCGCAAGAUCCGAAAACCCAGCCUACAUCCUCUCGGCCCUCACCUCGGUGGGCGGCAUCACAGGCUACGCGCGCACGGGAUCCGUGCCCUCCAUCGCAGCGGGCCUCACCGUCGGGUUUCUUUACGGUCUCGGCGGCUACCGCAUCUCGAAACGGCAACCCUACGGCGUGGAACUCGCGUUGCUUGCGUCCAUUAUGUUGGCGGGCAGUUCGAUCCCCCGCGCGAUCAGGACGGGGAAGCCCCUCCCUGCGGGAUUGAGCGUGUUGGCUGCGACGGGGUUGUUUGUGUAUGGAAGGGCGUUUUUGGCGAAGUAG